UGUGGGCUCCUUACCUUCGGCUCGGAGAAGUUUUCGUGUCGCUCCUCUCCGAGCAGCAGCAGCAGCAGCAGCGGGGGGCGGAGGACCCUCCAGCGGACAGACUCCAGCAGCUUCAGCGCGAAGACUAAUAAGAAAGGAGAAAGGACAGGCGAGGUCUGCUGAAUAUCACCCCUGCGGUCGGUGCACCGAGCCUUCGCGUGGAGCUCUGCGGACGCAGGUAAGGGGGUGCCAUGCCAGCCGCCGCUCCCCAUCUGCUCCCCCUCGCCAUCUGGUGGUGGCCUCCCAUACUGCUCUUGCUGUGGCCCCAGUCACCCCUUUCCUUUGGCCACUCUCUAUGGAGCGCCCCCUCUUACAGUCCCCAGAUUUCAGCCUCGCUGCAUGACUCCCAUCUCAACCACCUUCUGCUGGACUCCAGCUCAGGGCACAUCUAUGUGGGGGCUGUCAACGCCCUUUAUCACCUCUCUCCAGACCUCCAGCUGCUUUCAUGGGGCAAAACAGGGCCCAAACUGGACAGCCCAGACUGUCUGCCCCCUAUAGACCCCCUGGAAUGUACCCAGGCCAAGGAGACUGACAACACCAACAAGCUUCUCCUGCUGGAGGAGCCGGAGGAAGAGGGCGGAAUCCGAAGUCUGAUAGUCUGCGGGACUGUACUACAGGGCAUAUGUGAGAAGCGAAGCCUGAGGAACGUCUCUGAUGUGCUGUACCAGACGCCCAACCCUGUGGACACACAGUAUGUAGCUGCUAAUGACCCACGCGUGUCCACUGUGGGUGUAAUUGUGGGGCAGAAAGGUGCACGGCUCAUGCUGGUGGGGCGGGGCUACACCAGUAAAGGGCCGGGUGGGAUUCCUCCAAUCACAAUGCGCCGUCUGGCUCCUCAUCACUCCGCACCUGCCUUCUCUCACGAGGAACUGGGCAAGUUGGUGGUCGGCAGCUACUCGGAAUACAACAACCAGUUUGUGAAGGCCCUACAUCACAACAAACACGUCUACUUCUUGUUCUCACGACGCGAUGUCUGGGGCAAGCGUGAGUAUCGGACGUAUGUUUCACGCUUGUGUGCAGGAGACCCCAGCUUUUACUCCUAUGUGGAGGUCCCGCUGGCCUGCGAGGGUGGAUACAACCUGGCACAAGCUGCGGCUCUGGGCACUCACCUUGGAGACCCCGCUCUGUUUGUUGCCAUGGCAGCAGGGCAGGCGUCCACCCCUACGCCCACGUCACGCUCGGCUCUGUGCGUGUAUUCCAUGAAGGAGCUGGACAAGGCACUGCAGAGAGCUCAGUUUCUGUGCUACACAGCGGAAGGGAGAGAAUCUGGGAAUCAGGAUGAGGCUUACAUCGAGUACGAGGUGUCCUCCAAGUGCCUGAAACUCCCUCCGAGCUCUGUAACCGAGUACCCAUGUGGAGGUGAACACACCCCGAGCCCUAUCGCCAGCGCUGUGCCACUCAACGCCAAGCCCGCGGUCACACAGGCAACGCAGGUCACCGCUGUCGCCGUAGCAACCGAAGCUGGCCACACCAUCGCUCUUCUGGGGGACAAGAGUGGACAGUUGCACAAGGUGUUUCUCCGGGCGGAUGGUACGGGUGCUGAGUACGACUUGGUGGAGGUGGAUGGUCAAAGCCCUGUUAACGCUGACCUACUGCUGGACUCCACUGGACGUAAUAUUUAUGUCCUGACCGAGAGAAAGGUAACAAGGCUGCCCGUGGCUCAGUGUGAGCUGCAUCUAGACUGUAAUUCAUGUCUAUCAGUCAGAGACCCUUACUGUGGCUGGUGCUCACUAGAGGGCAGAUGUACGCGGAAGCUGGAGUGUGCUCGCCACUCACAGCCUCACCACUGGCUUUGGAGUUACGGCCAUGAUCGACAGUGCGUGAACAUCCAGACUCUGGAUCCUCCCAUCCAGAGCAGAGAGGAGCAGACACAGGUCUCUUUCACGGUGCUGCAGUUGCCAACGCUGUCUGAGGACGAAGCUUUGUCUUGCGCUUUUGGGACUCUGCCUGCUCAACCUGCUGUUGUCAUGGAGAAUAGAAUAACCUGUCAGUCACCCCCACCCAAGCUCCUCCCCCCUACCCCACGGGGCAGUGAUCAUAUGACUGUAAGGUUGGCACUGAUGUUUGGAGAAGUGACUAUAUCCGACACUAACAUCACCUUCUAUGACUGCCAUGCUGUGGGCAGACUCAAUGCCACCUCACCGUGUAUGGCUUGUGUGAGCAGUGUGUGGCCGUGUCACUGGUGCGCUGGAGAUGAACUCUGCACUCACAAUCACACCUGCCCCCAACAGCACAUGAUCUUCAACAGCAGAGAGCAGAGAGAGCCCCAUGGUGCAGACUCAUGUCCGUGUGUGUGGGCUCUGGAAAGUUCUCCAUUAAUUCCAGUUGGGUUUAACACACAGCUGUCACUUCAGGGCAAGAACCUGGACAUAUUUAAGGAUGAGAAAGACUAUGAGUGUGUGGUGGUGAUUGAAGGUCAGGAGCUGAUGUUACCUGCCACUCUGGACCGCAGCAUAGAGACAGGCUCACGUGUGUUCAAGUGUGCAGCCCACAAGUUUACAUACACAGUGAAGCAGUUGGAGUAUUUGGCUCCAAUUUACCUGCAGAGAGGCGCUCAGCGCAUAGACUCAGCUCCACACCUGCGCUUGAAGCUGUAUAACUGCUCCAUUGGACAGUCGGACUGCAGUCAGUGCCGGGCUGUGUCGGAGGAUUAUGGCUGUGUGUGGUGUGGAGGGGACACCCCAGGCUGUGUGUUCAACCAGUCCUGCCCCAGUGCCGCUGUAGACACCUGCCCACCACCACUCAUCACAGAGGUCCACCCACUGACUGGUCCUUUGGAGGGGGGGGUUUUGCUGACGAUUCUGGGUUCUAACCUGGGUCAGCGAUAUCAGGACAUCCAGGGUGGAGUGACUGUGGCUGGAGUCGCCUGCAGGCCGCUGCCCGAGGCCUACCGCAUAUCCACCCAGAUCGUGUGUGAGCUCCAACCGACCAAGCAGGUGACCGCUGGUCCUGUGCUGGUAACCGUGGGUAACUCAGAACCAGGUCAGUCUCCUCAGACCUUCACCUACCAGGACCCACAGUUGACCCGCAUCUUUCCCAGCAAAGGUCCCAUGGCUGGGGGCACCAGGAUCACUGUGCAUGGAUCUUGGCUCCUCACUGGUCAGAGUACUGACCUACGUGCAUUUGUGGGCUCCCAGCCUUGCCACAUAAUGGAUGGCGUGAGUGACACUCAGCUGGUCUGCCGCACCAGCCACUCAAACCAGACUGCAGGAGUGUCUGUCAGAGUGCUGUUUGGAAGAGCAGAGAGGACUGUGCAUAAUGUAGUGUUUCACUAUCUGGAGGACCCAGUCAUCACUGGCGCAGCUCCCGCAGAGAGCUUCUAUGGGGGUGGACGGAAUAUAACAGUAACCGGACGUAACCUCGAUGUAGUCCAGCAGCCGAUGAUGUCCAUCCUCUUUGAGUUGAUGGGAAAUGUCCUGGUAAGGAAGCGGAGAUACAGUCACGUCGCAGCCCGGAAUGUUCUUCCGAACAGCACCAUGGCAACGAAAAAAGACCUCUGUGUUAGCAUCAGCUCGGAGCAGAUGAGUUGUCAGAGUCCAUCGGUUCCAAAGGACGGCCGUGUGGUCAGAGUGUGGUUUGAGAUGGAUAACGUGCAUGUGGACUUUGAGAGUAUCAAAGGGACGCCGUUCACAUACCACCCAAACCCAGAGCUAUACCCACUGAACCGCGAACACCCCGAGUCCCCGAUCCGCUUCAAACCCGGGGGAGUCCUCGCUGUCGAGGGAAAGUAUCUGACUCAGGCAAUGAGCAAGGAUGAGGUUGUGGCUUGGCUGGGAGAUAAAGAGUGUGAUGUGAAGACUCUGGAUGAUACUCACCUGUACUGUGAACCACCAGAAGAGCAGCCACUCAGUAUGGACCAUGAAGAGCUGCCCAGCUUAAAGGUGGUGAUGGGGAGGCUGGAGUUUAAUCUGGGAACAGUGCAGUAUGACAUCGGCAAUCACUCCACCAUGCCUCUGGAGGCUCAGGUGGGCCUGGCGGCCGGAGCAGCUGUGGUCGUUCUCAUCGUCCUCGUCAUCAUCCUCAUGUACAGGAGGAAAAGUAAACAGGCAAUGAGAGAUUACAAAAAAGUCCUGGUUCAGCUGGAAACCCUGGAGAUCAACGUUGGAGACCAGUGCAGGAAAGAGUUCACAGAUCUGAUGACUGAGAUGAUGGACUUGAGCAGUGAUGUUGGGGGCCCAUGCAUUCCAUUCUUGGACUACCGCACGUAUGCAGAGCGCAUUUUCUUCCCUGGUCAGAGAGGGGCGCCACUGAGUCAGAACCUGGAUUUGCCAGAAUCUCGCAGACAGACAGUGGAGCAGGGCCUGGGUCAGCUCAACAACCUGCUCAACAACAGACUCUUCCUCACACGCUUCAUCCACACACUGGAGGAGCAGCAGAACUUCUCCCAGCGCGACCGUGGCUACGUAGCCUCACUCCUCACCAUGGCACUCCACGAUAAACUGGAAUAUUUCACCGACGUCAUGAAGACCCUUUUGGGGGACCUGGUGCAGCAGUACGUGGCCAAGAACCCCAAACUGAUGCUGCGCAGGACUGAGACGGUGGUGGAGAAGAUGCUCACAAACUGGAUGUCCAUCUGUCUCUACUCUUUCCUCAAGGAGGUGGCAGGUGAGCCUCUGUAUAUGCUCUACAGAGCUAUUAAGUAUCAGGUGGACAAAGGCCCAGUGGACGCUGUGACCGGUAAAGCCAAGCGCACACUUAACGACAGCCAUUUGCUCAGAGAGGACAUAGAUUACUGCUCCAUGACUCUGACGGUGCUGGUUAAGAGUGGGAUGGAGGUCCAGCCGUGUCCGGUUAAGGUUCUGGACACCGACACCAUCACUCAGGUGAAGGACAAGAUUCUGGACCAGAUCUAUAAAGGAGCUCCUUUUUCACAGAGGCCCUCUGCUGACUCACUGGACCUGGAGUGGCGCUCGGGUCAGGCGGGUCACCUGACUCUGUCCGAUGAUGAUGUCACUGCCAUUGUGCAGGGUCACUGGAAAAGGCUCAACACUUUACAGCACUACAAGGUGCCAGAUGGAGCCACGGUGGCACUUAUCCCACGUUCACAGAGUUCUGGUGUCAUGGGCAUCAAUCAAAUCUACCAGACUGGAGAAAAGACACCCAUGCUAGAAGGGGGAGAGGAGGAGGGUCUUCGUCUCUGGCACCUGGUAAAAUCCAGUGAAGAGCCUGAAAUUCCCAAACACAGAAAGAGCAGCAUGAGAGAGAGGGAGCGUGCUAAAGCCAUCCCUGAGAUCUAUCUCACGCGUCUGCUCUCCAUGAAGGGCACACUGCAGAAGUUUGUGGAUGAUGUGUUUGUGGCCAUCCUGAGCACCAAGCGUCCUCCUCCCAUCGCUGUCAGGUUUUUCUUCGACUUCCUGGACGACAUGGCGGAGAAGCAUGGCAUCGAUGACCCAGAGACUGUACACAUAUGGAAGACUAACAGCUUACCUCUGCGUUUCUGGGUGAACAUCCUGAAGAACCCUCAGUUUGUGUUUGACGUGCAGGUGACUGACAGCGUGGAUGCUGUUCUCUCAGUCAUCGCUCAGACCUUCAUUGACUCCUGCACCACCUCCGAGCACAAAGUGGGCCGGGACUCGCCUGUUAAUAAGCUGCUGUAUGCCAGAGAAAUACCUCGAUACAAGCAGCUAGUGGAGAGGUACUACAGUGACAUUCAUAGUGCCGCUUCUGGGUGCUAUCAGGAGAUGAACUCCAUGCUUACUGAGUUAUCUGGGAGCUUUGCUUCGGAGAUGAACAGCUUGGUGGCUUUGCACGAGUUGUACAAGUACAUCAACAAAUAUUAUGAUCAGAUUAUCAUGGCUUUAGAGGAAGAUGCCGCCGGGCAGAAAAUGCAGUUAGCCUACCGGCUGCAGCAGGUUGCCGCCCUGGUGGAGAACAAAGUCACUGACCUUUGACCCAGUGGAGAGUCUUCGACGAGCCUGUCACAGCCGGGAGAAGCUCGGUGCUGUGUGAAAUCUGACCAGAGAAAUCCUGCGCCCACUUCCUGAAACAGACUUCACAUCCACCUUUUGGGAAUUCUUAACAAAAGGGAACAAGGUGACAGAUUAGCUGUUAAGGUGGGAGGGUGUUAAAAAGCACAGGGUGUGAAAUAAAAUAGCACAAAGUGAGCUUUUUUCUGAUAAGCACACUGAACCUUUUUUUUUCUACUAAUGUCACAUGCUGUUCAGUGCUAGCACUGAUGCAUCUGAUGUGCAAAUGUACGUGUAUGGUUUCUUCUGUGGCUAUAAAUCGAUUGCAUUUCAUUUACAACAUUUCUUUGAUUCCGAAUGCCUACCCUACGCCUGCUCUUAGUAGCGUUAUUAAAAUAGCUGUUGCAUGAUUUAUGACAUGUAGAAGGAAUAUUUUGUGCUUUUCAGUUGAGCGAUAUGGAAUAUUAAUUGGGUUUUUUUUUUACGUUGAUCGUUUUAAAUUGCAGAUUAUAUUCAGUCAUAUCUAAUCGCGAAUAAUGAGCACAAGUGCCAUAACACGCCAAACAGCACCGCACAAGGUGUGUAUGUGUGUACGCAUCUGUGGUAUGUGAGUGCGUGUAUCUGGUCUUAAUUACAUCAUUUUCUGUGGUGAGGAACUGCCUCAAAUUGCUGUUUUUAUCAGGAGGGUUUAUUUUAAUGAAUCCACUGGAAGAAGAGACUGCAGUCAGGAAAUGAAACUGAACACAUUUCUUUAAUCCCACAAUGUCUGAAAUGACAAAGACAUUAAUAGAAAAUUCAACAUUUAACAAAAUACAAACCCAGUUCUAGAAAAGUUGGGACAUUAUGUGAAAUGCAAAAUUAAAUCAAAUUAAUUUACAUACAGGACAAAGCAUUUAAUUGUGCGGCUAACGAUUUAUAUAAGUGGAUUACAAAAGAUCUGCUUUCAUUUUGUGUGUUUAGUCCCCAAAUUCACAUGUCCCCACUUUCUUGGAAUUAGGUUUGUACUUCAUUGUUGCUGCACGGAGUUUGUACUCCUGCUGUGCUUCCUUCUUUACCUGAUAAAAAUGAUUGGAUGGGAUAUGCCAUUAAAAUGCCGUCAGUGACUGCGUCAAUGUGUUAAAAGAUCUUACAGUACAGUGCAAAAGUCAGAGACCACCAUUCACCAAUUUAAUUUCCAGUCAAAACAGCCAUCAAGUACAAGUUGUAAUUUUUUAGGAGGUAUUUCUGAGGAGAUUAUCCAUUUUCUCCAUUUUCUAAGCCGCUUCUCCGUCAGGGUCGCGGGGGGAUGCUGGAGCCUAUCCCAGCAGGGCGGAAGGCAGGAUACACCCUGGACAGGU